AUGUUUGGUUCUACAUUGGGUAGCAGCCGUGAAAACAGUGCUGCCUCAGGGCAGCUUCUUACUCCAACACGCUUCGUGUGGCCUUACGGAGGUAGAAGGGUCUUCCUAAGCGGAUCUUUCACCAGGUGGACAGAACAUGUGCCAAUGUCACCACUUGAGGGGUGCCCGACUGUUUUUCAAGUCAUUUGCAACUUGACGCCGGGGUAUCAUCAGUACAAGUUUUUUGUUGAUGGGGAAUGGCGGCAUGAUGAACACCAACCAUUUGUAAGCGGAAAUGGUGGAGUAAUGAAUACAAUAUUUAUAACUGGACCAGAUAUGCUUCACAGUGGUUUUAGCCCAGCAGCACAUGACAGAUCGAAUAUGGAUGUGGAUGAUGUCAUUGUGCGAAUGACUGAUUCAUCCCAGGAAACUAUCCCUAGGAUGUCAGGGGUUGAUUUGGAGGUGUCUCGUCAUCGUAUUUCUGUUUUAUUGUCAAGCCGUACCGCAUAUGAGCUGCUCCCAGAGUCGGGCAAGGUUAUUGCAUUGGAUGUUAACUUACCAGUGAAGCAAGCAUUCCAUAUACUCUAUGAACAGGGAAUCCCUUUGGCUCCUCUCUGGGACUUCGGUAAAGGCCAAUUUGUUGGAGUUCUUGGUCCACUGGACUUCAUUCUAAUACUAAGAGAGCUUGGAACUCAUGGAUCAAACUUGACAGAGGAAGAGCUUGAGACGCACACAAUAGCAGCCUGGAAAGAAGGGAAGGCUCAUAUUAGCAGACAAUAUGAUGGAAGUGGGAGACCAUAUCCUAGGCCACUUGUUCAGGUCGGGCCAUAUGAUAAUCUGAAAGAUGUUGCCCUGAAAAUUUUGCAAAACAAGGUGGCAGCCGUUCCAGUUAUAUAUUCUUCGUUGCAAGAUGGUUCAUACCCGCAGUUACUGCAUCUUGCUUCGCUAUCAGGCAUAUUAAAAUGUAUAUGCAGAUACUUUAGACAUUCGUCUAGCUCUUUGCCAAUCCUUCAGCAGCCCAUUUGUUCAAUUCCAUUGGGUACUUGGGUCCCUAGAAUUGGAGAAUCAAGUAGCAAACCUCUCGCUACAUUGAGACCACACGCCUCUUUGGGUUCUGCUCUCUCGUUAUUAGUUCAAGCUGAAGUUAGUUCAAUUCCCGUAGUGGAUGACAAUGACUCGCUUAUUGACAUAUACUCCCGAAGUGACAUAACUGCUCUGGCUAAAGAUAAGGCAUAUGCACAGAUUCAUCUUGAUGACAUGACGGUGCACCAGGCGCUGCAGUUGGGGCAAGAUGCGAGUCCGCCUUAUGGAAUGUUCAACGGGCAGAGAUGUCACAUGUGCUUGCGCUCGGACUCUCUUCUAAAAGUGAUGGAGCGGUUGGCGAAUCCAGGUGUAAGGAGGCUGGUGAUAGUGGAAGCAGGGAGCAAACGUGUUGAAGGUAUCAUUUCACUGAGCGAUGUUUUCCAAUUCCUGCUCGGUCUUUGA